AUGCCUAACCACGGGGCUGAGGGAAUGGAAGGAAGGGAGGUGCGGGCUUGGCGGAGGGGCCCGCGGCGGUGCAUUGUGGGAACCCCGCGGGUCGGCGGAGCCUCCACAGUGCCCUCCUUCAGCUGCUGCCUGGUUCCCAGCAAGAAAGUCGCCAGGUCCUCGCUGGAGCCUGAGUUCUCCCUGGAGUUUGCUCUGCGCCGCCAGGACGCAGCAUCUGCCUGGCCUCGGCAACCUCCGCUCCAGCCGACCGCCCUGGAUCUACUGAAGGACGUCCACAUGGGCCUUGCCCCACCCGGACGUGGCCCCGUUCGCCUGGCUGUCCUCUCGGGUCACUACCUCUACUAUCACUACGGUUGCGACGGCCUGGACGACCGAGGCUGGGGCUGCGGAUACCGCACUCUACAGACUCUGUGCUCCUGGCCAGAGGGCAGGCCCGCGGGCGUGCCCGGGCUUGUCGCCGUGCAGACUGCACUGGAGGACAUGGGCGACAAACCUCCUGGGUUCCGGGGCUCCCGGAGCUGGAUCGGCUGUGUAGAGGCCAGCCUCUGCCUCGACUACUUCGGAGGGCCCAAGGGGCGCCUAUGCCAUGUGCCCCGUGGAGCAGGGCUUCAGGGGGAACUGGAGAGGCUUUACUCCCACUUCGCAGGGGGCGGGGGUCCUGUAAUGGUUGGGGGUGAUGCAGAUGCCCAGUCCAAGGCCUUGCUGGGGGUCUGCCUGGGGCCAGGCACCGAAGCCUACGUCCUGGUAUUAGACCCUCACUGCUGGGGUCCUCCGAAAAACUCCAGUGAACUACAGGCUGCUGGGUGGGUGGGCUGGCGAGAGGUAAGCACAGCCUUUGACCCCAACUCCUUCUACAACCUGUGUUUGACCAGCCAUAACUCGGAAAAGCAGCGGCAAGCCCUGAACUGAGGCAAAGAUCCCAGAACUAAAACUGUCAGCUGUCCCGCCCCACCUCACCCCACCCGCACAGACACCUACCCAUUCUCAAAAGCAGAGGCUUAGAAGCCUGGGGCCAUUGGCGU